CCUCAAAACUCUCUUUAUUUCAACAUAAACAAAGCCAACUUAACGAACAGAACAAAGGAAAUGAGCGCCAUUACUUCCUAUCAGUACAGCCCAACAAAAAGCAGCAUGUAUCGUCACUGUAUAACUACUGCAAGCCUAAUUAGAAGCGCAAAUGAAGUGGCUACAAUCCCGCACCUUCGCAACUCACCAUACUCAGCUCUCUCUUCUAACGUGCGCUCCAACGCCACCAUGACCAAGGACGCUGAUGAUUCCCAUCAGCUCGAAGCCAUAUUCCAGCAAAAACGGUUUCUCAGGUCCAAGAUUCGCAAAGACCUUAAAAGCAUGGACCCAAUUCAACGAUCUCAAGAAGAUAAUGCGAUUCAUAACAUUGUUAUGGAAUCUCCAUGGUUCAAAGCGAGCAAGAGCUUAUGUGCUUAUAUAAGCUGUGCGGCUUUACGGGAAGUGGAUACAUCAAGAAUUGUCUCAGAGAUUCUGUCCAGCCCAAGCACCGAGGGUAAUACACAGUUGAGGAAAAAGCUUUAUGUUCCACGUGUGGAGGACAAGAACAGCAACAUGAAAAUGCUCAAAAUAUCCAGUGUUAAUGACCUCAUAGAAAACUCAAUGAACAUUUUGGAGCCACCCCUAGUAGAUUCUAAUGGAAAUCAAUGUGAAGAUGUAAUGCAGGCAAGAGAGCCAGUUGACUUGGUCAUUUUACCAGGGCUUGCAUUUGACAAAUCUGGAGGACGCUUGGGUCGUGGUGGGGGAUACUAUGACGUGUUGCUUAAGAAAUAUCAAAAGCUUGCACAGGAGAGGAAGUGGAAGCUACCCCUACUUGUUGCAUUAUCAUAUUCUGUACAGAUCAUGGAGGAAGGAUCCAUACCUGUCACUCCCUGUGAUGUUCCAGUGGAUGCUCUUGUAUCACCUAGUGGUUUCAUUCCCAUAACCCCAAUUGCUUUAGAGAGGUAUGAUUGAAGGAAGGUGUCUCCUUUCUGCUGAAUAUGGUAUCUUACUAAAUUGGCACACCAAUAAGGAUUUACUGUUACAUUUAGUGUGGUCUGAUAAGAAAUUAGCAAGUAUUGCCUUUAGCUAGCUGAAAUGCAAAGGGGCUAUCAGUAAAGAAUCAAUCAAGAUAUUGACCUUGGUAAAUUGUAUUAUUGCAUGAUGGAAAAUAAAUUAUUGAGGGCUUUUUUUGUGUAUAGAAAUUGGAAAUUUAAUAGUUUCGAAUCAAAUCUAGUAAUGGAGUUUGGAAGAAUUUGUAUCAGUGCUUCACAUGUAUUAUACACCUCUGUCAGAGAUACAAAGCAAGUGACAAAACCAUCUUCCUGCUCUGCUUCUGAUUGAUAACAUUGCGACACACAAGUUGCUGAAGUGCAUAAAUAGGUGGUACCACAGCAUUCCAGUAGACUCAAAUUUCUAUGGUAUGUAUGUCUUUCUACCUUAACUAGCUGGGUUAUGAAGGCAUGCCCGAGAUAUCAAUAUUGUAACUAUUGUUGGAUAUAUCCCAAGGAUCAGUAAAGUGUCAAU